AUUCUUCUGAAAAUGCUACUAAUGGAUUAGAGGGUCUUUGUACCAAUUUGGUUUGAUCUUAUGGUCUUAUAAAUCAAAGAAAAUUACUUUUUAAAGAAAUCUGAUUUUUAAAUAUAACCUACAAAACAUUUUGUGAUUGAACGAUGUUAAAAAUGAGUUCAGACGAAUCUUCAAGAAGUUCUCCAGAAAUGUGUAAAAAGUUUGUUACUAAACAUUCGAUAGAUUCCAUUCUAAGGAAGCCUUCAGAAGACGAUGGUGGAGUUUCAGAUGAUGUUUUAGGUCGUGGACUGUCGCCAGUAUCAAGGACAUCCGGAAAUGAUCAGGAAAGCAGCGAGGAGGAAAUAAACUGGAAUGACAUACAUGAUUCUGACAAUGGAUUAAACAGAGACAGUGGUUUAUAUAAUGAUAUGAAUGAUAACAGUUAUAAGAAACGACGAAUAAGGACAACAUUUAGUGCUGACCAGCUACAAACAUUGGAAGAUGUAUUCCGAGUAACUCAUUACCCAGACGUAAACACAAGAGAAGAACUUUCACAAAAGACAGGUUUACCGGAAGCACGUGUUCAGAUUUGGUUUCAAAACAGAAGAGCAAAAUGGAGAAAGUAUGAAAAACUUGGUAAUUUUGGAGGACUACAGGGGCUUACAGAAACGAAUUAUGUUCCGGCACCAAAGUCUAGUAUUCCUAGACAGGAUGAGCUGGCACUUGGCUUAGAUCAACCACAGGUAAACAGAAAAGUUGAUUGCAAAAGCGACGAUGAACAAGAUAUGCCCUUGAAUUUAUCGACGUCGUCAAUGCCAAUUUUCCCUUCAUUUCCAUUUUAUGGUUUGGCGCCGUUUCCGUUCUACACAGGUUGUCAUGCGCCAGGUGAACCCAAGCGAUCGGGAAGCAUUGCUGCUCUUCGACUGAAAGCACGAGAACACGAGGCAGCAAUGGAAAUGAUGUUCCAAUAUAAAUGAGAUCUUUCUAUUUAUUUCAAGAUUUAACGUAACUUUGUGUAUUAAUAAGACAUGACUGGCGGGAUUAUUGAAGAUGAUUUUUUUGAAAUCAUCUUAGUGCUUAUCUGAACAUAUUUGCAUACAAUCCUAGUUGUGGUUCGUCGAAGCUAACUGUGAUAUUACUUUUAUAAAAUAACUUGUAUAUGAAUAUAUAAAAUAAAUAUUUUCUUUGUUUGUA